AUGACGUGCCUCAGGGUAGUCUUCUUCUUACGCAAUAAGGCCAGAGAUGCUAUCUUCCACGUCGCAGCCCGUGCUGGCCGCCUAGACGUCGUCAAUGCUGCCUGGCGCAUUUUCUUCCUCCUCCCGCAACGGGGUCGGCCUUCAAACGAAUCUGGUUCUGAGGUCUACGCCCCCAUAGAUGAAGAUUUGCCCGAGGUUGAAGAUGAUGUUGAUCCUAAAUACGUCCCCGAGUACAUGAUGGCCAUUGUCCUCUUAGCAAGGAAGAACGCCGCCGGCCACACCCCUGCCGAUGAGGCAGUUGCCGCCGGCCAUGACGAUGUCGCGGAGUGGGUAAGGCUGGUGCUAGACCGUCUCACCCUAGACGGCAAGAGAGCUACAGAGAGUAGGAUGGCUAGGAUGGAGGAGCUGGUCGACGGCCGCUACGAUAUUGAUGGGCACCACAUCAUGUCAGACCAGAUUCCAAUUGAGAAGAGAGUAUGGCAGAUAGAGAUGGACAUGUGCAUACGAGCGACUUUUGACGAGAGCUCCACUAAUCACUUCAUUGUUUGUAUGUAG